UUAUCUCUCACAACGUCACGUAAAACUGAUACGGAAACCCAAUUGCCAAUACCAUAGUCCAUUACAGUGCAAAAAAGAAGUUUCGCCAUUUCUCUAAUAAUCAUUUCAUCGAACACCUGACAUCACAUCACAUAACAAAUACAAACCAAUCAUCGAAAUUCCCAAUGAACACAUAGCAAGCAAAAACAUAACGAAAGAAAAUGGGUGAUGUAGCUGAUAAAAUAGCGUAUUUUCAAGCGAUCACAGGUGUAGAAGACGCUGAUUUGUGUACUGAGAUCCUUGCCGCACAUGGUUGGGAUCUUGAAUUAGCGAUCUCUACUUUUACUUCUCAAAAUGACCAUUCUACCCCUCACUAUACAUCCGAACCAACUACGUCCAAUACAUUACAGACAAUUACGAAUUUACCCCCGCCGGAAACUGGUUUAGUUGCCGGUGGACCACCGGGAUUAGCUUGGAAGAUUAUUACUCUUCCCUUUUCCAUCAUUUCCGGUAGUCUAGGGUUAAUUUCAGGUGCAGUAGGAUUUGGUGUAUGGGCUGCAGGUGGUGUGCUUUCGUAUUCGUUGAGAAUGAUCGGUCUCAAUUCGGGACGUAAUGGUGAAUCCUCUUCACCUUUGGUUUCUGUGUCUGCAUCAGCAGCUGAGGCAAUGAGUUUCGUGGAUAGUUUUGAUAGGGAUUUUGGGAGUACAAGGCCAAACUUUAUUGCUGAAGGUUUUAUGGAUGUAUUACAGAGGUCUAGGCACGAGUUUAAGCUGCUUUUCGUGUAUUUACAUUCACCUGAGCAUCCAGAUACGCCUAUGUUUUGUGAAAGGACUUUGUGCAAUGAAGCAUUGGUAGCAUUUAUCAACGAGAAUUUUGUUGCUUGGGGUGGGAGUAUUAGAGCUAGUGAGGGCUUCAAGAUGAGUAAUAGCUUGAAGGCAUCAAGGUUUCCUUUUUGUGCUGUUGUAAUGGCUGCGACAAACCAAAGGAUUGCGUUGCUUCAGCAGGUUGAGGGCCCAAAAUCUCCAGAAGAACUGCUUACUGCACUGCAAAGGGUGCUCGAGGAAAGUGCAUCUGUACUUGUUUCUGCCAGGCUUGAAGCAGAAGAAAGGAUAAAUAAUAUACGUUUGAGGGAGGAGCAGGAUGCCGCUUAUCGUGCUGCACUAGAGGCUGAUCAGGCUAGAGAGCGUCAGAGGAAAGAAGAGCAAGAGCGACAGGAAAGGGAAGCUGCUGAAGCUGAAAGGAAAAGAAAGGAGGAAGAAGAGGCUCGUGAAAGAGCAGCCCGUGAAGCUGCUGAAAGAGAAGCUGCAUUGGCUAAAAUGCGCAAGGAGAAAUUACAGUUACUGGGCCCUGAACCUGAAAAGGGUCCUGAUGUUACUCAAGUUUUGGUAAGGUUUCCUAACGGUGAGCGCAAAGAGAGAAGAUUUCAAUGUACUACAACUUUACAAUCUCUUUAUGACUAUGUUGAUUCUCUUGGAUGCCUGGAGGUUGAAAAAUACAGCCUCGUGUCCAACUUUCCCCGCACAGUUUAUGGUUCAGAGAAGCUCGCUCUGUCUCUGAAAGAAGCCGGCUUACACCCUCAGGCCAGCCUUUUUGUUGAGUUGAACUCAUGAGAACAACAUGUUGAACAUGAAAAUCUUGUGCUAGAGAUAAUUAGUUCUGUUGAUAAUGUUUGUAUGUCAAUUAGAAUUGACCAAUGAAUUCAAUUAGAUGCACUGUUGUCUAUUGCGCCCUAGUUAAUUUUCUA